AUGUCGACAUCGAACGGCACGCCUCACUUUUGCAUCUUAUUCGCUACGCCGGAUCAUGCCUUCGCGAGCCGGUCGCACAAUGGAUUCGUAGGCUUCUCGACCCCAGAGCUGUUGCAUACAGGUGCCCGUUACCGCAGCACACGCGUGCAGAACUGUCCCUACGUCAGACCUGCUCGACCGCGCGAAGCGAAAGGUUUGCUCACAGUCGCGCCCCCCAAAUGCCGCAACGCACGAGUCUCGGUGCUCGAGAAGCCCUGGUCGGGGACAUCGGAGGUAGAUCUGCUGUCCUGCCAGUGA